UCACUAAAAAAAUCGUUGUGCCAAUUUUUAGCGUAAGUGGCGUCCUUUGUACCAAUUAUCUUUUCCUCAUGGUAAUUAAAUAGGUUCUUUCGAAACAGAAAAAGACACGUUCGGUUUAAACUCGCACUGCCGGAUCAGUACGACUAACCGCAUUCGUCAUAUCCUCGUCAUCACUUUUAAUCACUACAAUAUCACUAUACGUAUGCUGCUCAUCACUUUUAAAUUCUACAUCCUCACUUUUCAUCGGCAUCUCGUCCUCAUUAUCAUCAAGACCUUGUUCUUCAUCACUAGCAGCACGAGCUUGUUUUUCAUCCGUUUCAUCACAAACUAUUUCUUUAUUAGUUUCUUCAAGAACUAUUUUCAUCACGCUUGUUCUAUUCUUCUUAUAUUAAAAAACUAAUUCAUCUUCACUAAAGAGCAGCAGCCUGUAUCUUGUUCCCCCUUGUAGAACUCAACGCCAUUUCCCUCGCUUCUGCUCUAUCAACUUAGUGUUUAUUACAUAAUUAUGUGCGUACACAGAUAACUCCUCCAAAUAAAGCGCCCCUGACAGUAAUCAAAUACACAAAACACAAUACAACUAUUCAGUUUCAAUGUGCUUCUCAACAUAAUGACGAGUUAAAUUCCUCCUGUCGCACGUAUCACAUUUAUAAUUUCACAUUAUUAUACGUGUUUGUACCUCAAACUUCGGCUGUAAACUGAAUAUAUGAUACCGUAUAUACACACAUUAUCCGAGCUUCACACUUUGCACGUUGAAUUCAUGUGUAUCGCUUUAGAAUAUACUAUUGAUUGUUUGCUCCGCUGAAAAUUUACGCGGGAAAUUUAUCUAUUAUUUGUAUUGCUCCGUUGAAAGUUUAAAUGGCGUCAUUGAAAUAAAUGUUAAUUGCCUACUUGCAUUAACUGUUCAACUCUUUGUUUAUUAAGGAACUAAUUUAAUUUGUCUGUUAGCUUCUUUUGCAUUUUUUCGACACAGCCGAGAACACACUGUUUCACUUUUUGUUUAUUAAGAAACUAAUUUAAUGUGUCUUUUAGCUUCUUCUGCAGCAUUUGGACGCUGCUGAGGAAACCUCCCCAACGAGGAAAAUGGAGAUGAUAUGACUUCUGGAGCUUCAAUUUCACUGCACUCUAUCGGAUAAAGCAUAUUUUAAGGUCUUGUUAAGACAGUUUUUGAAACGAGGGACACUUUUGCAGAUCGUAUAUAGCCAUCUUUGCUUUUUUGUAGACUAGAAAUUCUUCCUAAUGCCCAGGUACCUCUAGGAGCAGUAUCCUUAAUGAGCACCACAUCACCUACACUAGGAUUCUCAGACAGCAAUAUCCUGAUUUUAAAUUUGUCUGUGUUCUUUCACGUAGACUAGCUAAAUACUCCUCUCUCCAGAGUAGCCAAAGAAGUUGGCAAUACUUUAUCAGGAUACGACAGUGUCCUCUGUGCUUUAGGCUGGCCUCCUCUGUACUUUAGGCUGGCCUCCUCUGUACUUUAGGCUGGCCUAAUGUUUCACAGGGAACGAAUUGUUGCGUUAGCUUCCUUUGCUUUCCUCAAUACGGUGUUUGUACGCAAACUCCUCAAACAGAAUAAUUAAUAAUAAAGGAGAUCAAAGACAUCAGUCAAAGUAAAUUAAUGUUGCUGUCCAUGUUACACACAUACAUUAGCACACUUAAUAAAACAGUAAUUAAAUUACAAAAAUAAAAUCAAAGUUAACUAGAAAUGGCGCGGCAGAGGCCGACGCGUAUCCCCACGCCGCAUGUUUGACCCAGGGGCGCCCAAGGGUUGGUAAUGGGGUCAUGCAUAGUUGAGAUUGACCGUAUUGUCAUAAGAGAAGUUCAGUAUCAAUUAGAAGUGAAUCGGUGUAGAAAUAAAGAAGUUAAUGUAAAAUAACAUAACAAAUAAGUGAAAAUCUCUGACCCGGCCCCACCACAACCCCCAUAACUUUUGACCCAGGGGUCAGAUCAAAAUUCCAAAUAGUGCAGGGUUGUACCUAUGCUCAUAGCUACCAUGCAUGUAAGUUUCAAGGUUCUAGUGCUUAUACUUUAGAAGGAGAUAGUGGCCAGGACGGAUAGACGGCGGAGAUAACCACAAUAUCCCCACGCUUUUCAAAAAGCGUGGGAAUAAUAAAUUCAGUCAUCUAGGUUACAUCAGUUUGAUAUUGUAGGUGCAUGAGUAUUUUGUCUACAGACUAGUUUUAAAUAAAUGGCUGUGUAUCAAGCCAAUGUAAACUUGGUUUGUGUUAAAAAAACAGGUCUUUCCAUGUUUGCUACUAAUGACUGUGUAUCAGGCCAUUUUAAAAUUGGUUUGUUAAAAAAAGGCCUUUACAUGUUUUCUAUUUUACAAAUACAUAAAAAAAUUAAUGCAUUAACUGUAUGCAGGGGCACAAAUUAUUAUGAUCCCCCUUCAUAGAAGAGGUGAUAUAUUGUUUGCCUGGAUGUGGGUCGGUCUGUCUGUCGGUAGACCAGUUUGUAUAUCAAUAACUUGUCAACGAAUUGACCGAUUGACUUGAUACUUCCUUGGACAGUAGAUGACCCCUAAUGAAAUCUUACUUUGAAGAGCCAAGAUCUUUUAAAUAAUUAAGAGUAAUUAAUUUUUACAAAAUACUAAAUAACGUUUUAUUAUUAUUCAUGAUGGAAAACCAGGUGAGACUAACCGAUGACAAGGUAAGUUUAGUUUAUGUUGGGUUAAGGUUAGUAUUUAGUAUUAUUUAGUAUUAUAUAUAUAGCUAUAUUUAGUAUAAAUUAAUUUUAUUGUAUUAUUUUUUAAUAUUAAGUAUCAGCAUAUAAAUUGAUUUGAUUAUUAUAGUAUGUUUUAAUAUUAAGUAACAGCAUUACAAUGAGCGUAUUGGGUGCAUAAUUUUAUUUCAGAAAAAGCCCCAACACACCCCGAGGCCCUGUCUCAUAUUAUUAUGCCCGUUGAAUGGGAUUAAUACCGUCUUCCAGAGGCCGGGAGACCACGUGAAGCGGUAACACAAGUUGUCGGCAGAGGACACUAAGAAGCUUAUGUCAGAACAGAGAGCCGCCACGGGCAAGAAUAAAGCUGGUGAGCGAAACUACUAUCAGUGCGGCAUCUGCCAGCGCUGCGUCAUAGACCGGGCUCAGCACCUAAACCAGGAGCACCGGAUCACAGACAAGCGAUCCUAUGCAUAUUUCCAUAAUAUGCAUGCGUUUACAAAGAUGCAGAAGCGGAAGCACCCAGCCACCGCCACCGCGUACGCCUCUGGCUCGGCCUCCAUUUCCGCCUCUGCUUCCACUACGGUUAGCGGUUCUUCUCCCGCCGGCUGUUCAGUCUCCGAAUCCGCUUCACAUCAGCUACAAGUUCAGCCACCGCACUGCCGCCACCCAGUUCAGACGAGGAGAGCAGUGACGAGCAAGAACGCCAACAGGAGCUGCCGCUCACCAGGGAAUACUGCGGCCUAAUGCCAGGGUCAUGAAGGGCCGUAAAAAGUUUGACAUCGCGGACCGCUUCUUGAGACACCUGGCGACGCGCCAAGGGAGCAACGAAAACAGAGCAAAGCAGCAGGAGAGCCUGAUGAAGGUCCUCGCUUCCCGCGGAUACACGGAGGGGCGGAGCUGGAGGCUGUGCUCAUGUGGCACAGCCACAUAGAAGUGCACGACAGUUACCUCAUAAAGGACCACAAGCCAGGGACCAUGCGAUCCGUGCUGCUCACCAUCAGAAACUUCCUGAAGUGGUGCAAGGACACCAGACAGGCGUCGGAGCACGCGCUUGACGAGGCUGAUCGCAUGCUGGCUGGCUGCCUCACAGCCACCUGCCAAGAAGUGCAGCAGCGGGAAGUGAAGAUGCGCAUGUUGGAGAGCACGACACUCUCACUGGACCCCGUGCUUGCCAGAACUUCAGCAAGAGCAAGUGGGUGGUAAUCGCCGACUUCACGGCAUUCCCAGCAGGGAGCAUCAAAGGCAUCUGUGACAUCCUUGUGGCCUUCAUCGCGUUUAAGAACACUUCACGAACCAGGGAGUGCGUCAACCUAAGGAUGAAGCACAUGCACUGAGCUGCCAAACAACCAGACAACCAGAUGUCCAUCAAGCUGGAGGACCACAAGACGGCGCCGUCGGGGAAGUAUGCAUACUUCCAUAUGCCCAGAGACGUGUACAACAUGCUGCUGGGCUAUUGCAAACUUGUCCGACAGGGAAAUGCCGACGAGGACACCGCCGGCUACCGGCCUGUAUUCGGCACGGUCGACGAAGACGCGUGCCACAGCGCCAUCAACAAGUGGCUGAAGGCGGCUUGGAAGAAUUCCGGAAUGGAAGACAAGUACCCGGAUUUCAAGAUGAAACUGACGAACAACCGAAAGCAGCAGAAGAAAGCGUCUUCAACAAGGUCAGCCACGGCGCUGAACCCUGAGCCAGGGCAAGAGUACGUCCCUGUGCUAUCCGACGCCGCAUCUGCGACCCUGGCCCCGGAGCUACCCACCACCACUGUCAAGGAGCUACCUCUUGUGCCAUCCGAUGCUGCACCUGCCCCCGCCUUGGUGCUAUCCACCACCACUUCCAAGGAGCUACCUGUUGUGCCGUCACACGCCACACUUCCCCCCCGCCCCGGAGCUACCCACCGUCAAGGAGCUACCCGUUAUCCUCCCUGGGCCGUCACACGCCGCACCUGCCCCCACCCCGGAGCUACCCACCAUCAAGGAGCUACCCGUGGUCCUCCCUGGGCCGUCACACGCCGACCCGGACCUACAGGCACGGACAGCCAUGGAGACCAGCCUGGCCGAUUACCUGGGCGAACUAAUUGGCGCUGCCUUUUAUCUGCGCAGGCGCAGCAAGCCUCCUCCGACUCGGACUCUGAACAGCCAGUCAGUUUUGUCUUCAGGAAGAGGUCACGCCGAUUCUCAUUCGAGUCCGAGGACGAUGACCUGACCACCACCACCUCGUCCCGCGCCACCACCGGCACUCGGAAUCGAGUCUCCGCCGAUGAGACUCGCGAGAUUUCUGAGGUCUUCGCGGACAACAUCACCCAGUUAGACUGUGUCGAGCGUAGCUGUACGUACUAAACGUACAGCUAAGAUGUCGCAACUCUCUGAUCAGCAGAUCCGUGAGAAGAUUCGCAACUUGGUCAAAGACAGCAAGUUGUGCAUGUCUCGCGGACUUGCUGAUCAGUAAGUUGCGCCAUCUUAGUUGUAGCUUACCCGUGUUGGCUGACUGGUGAUGUCUCAGACUGUUGAUUGAUUAUCUUGUUCUUUUUUGUUCUUGUUGCCAAUUACUAUGUAUAAGUAUAUUUUGUAAGCACUCGUUCUACUGGUUGUAAUAACCAUACCCAGGAAAAUACUUGAUUUAUUGUUCAUUUAUGUUGUUAUAUUCAUGUAUGUUUGUGUACUUUUGUUGCCAAUUACUAUUAGUACUGGUUCUACUGGUUGUAAUAACCAUACCCAGGAAAAUACUUUAUUUCUUGUUCAAUGUCUAUGCAUUAUUGAUGAGUACUGGUUAUAUUUACU